AACCAUAAAUCAUGUAAAAAAUACAAAAUACUGAUUUGAACAAAAAAAACUCAUAAAAUGCUCAACCGCAGCUCAGUUGCGGUUCAGCCAUGGUCCAACCGCAGGUCACUUGCGGUUCCCAUUUUCUGUGUUUUUUUUUAUUUUUCCAGUUAAUGUUUUUAUCUCGUCGGAGUCGCUACUCAUGAUUCAGACGUCUUGCCGACGAUAUCGUCUUCAAAAUGACGAUGAUGGAUUUUUCUCUCCUUAAAUAGUGUUUUUUUAGUCCAAGUGGUGUUUGUUUGCUAAAGGGAAGGUAAAAAAGUUAAGAGGGUUAAAAGUAUAAAUUGGAUACUUUUUAGAGCUACCUUUAGCAAUUAUAAGAAGGACCUUUAGCCGGUCCCUAAAACAAUGGGCCAAAGGGUGGCGGUGAUGAUGGCGUGGAAUGAGAAUAAAGAAUAUUACAAAGGAAGAUCCCUUCUUACGGAGAUGCGUGGAGCAGCAGAGCAGGGGCAGAGCAAAACCAAAACGAAAAGCCUGUAUGGAAACUUGUAAUAAUAAUGGAGUUGAGAUUCGUCGGAAUCCUGGGCAAAUAUGGCGCGCGAAAUCAGACACCCAAACAUUUUCCCCCGCAAAAAUUAAUAAAUUUGGGACUCCAUUCUUUCCGCCAUCUCUGUAAGCUCCCGUUUUCGUUACCUUGCCGAGAAAGGGCAGCCGAAAAUUCCCAAAUCCCUGAUGGGAGGAAACCUCUGAGGUCUCUUUCUCUCAAAGAAGAACAACAAUGGCGCCUCUGUUACCUUCCUCUGUUUUUGCAUCCCUUCUACUGCUAAUCCUGCUUUGCGUUUCUCCUUCUGCAAUUCAUGCCGGCGGCGACCGCAUCCCUUCAACUAUGGACGGCCCAUUUGAGCCCGUCACGGUUCCCUUCGACCUCAGCUUGCGCGGCAACGCCGUUGAUUUGCCCGACACGGAUCCUCGCGUCGUGCGCCGGGUCAAUGGGUUCGAACCGGAGCAGAUAUCGGUUUCGCUUUCCGCGAACCACGAUUCUGUCUGGAUCUCUUGGGUUACAGGGGAGUUUCAAAUUGGGUACGACAUAAAGCCAUUGGACCCAACAACUGUUGGCAGCAUCGUGCGAUAUGGGAAGCAUCGAUAUCCAUUGAGACACGAAGUCAAGGGCAAAUCACUCGUUUACAGUCAGCUUUAUCCGUUUGAAGGCCUCCAGAAUUACACCUCCGGAAUCAUCCACCAUGCCCGCCUUACAGGGUUGAGACCUGACACGAUGUAUUACUAUAGGUGUGGGGAUCCAUCAAUUGGGGCCAUGAGCGAUAUCUACAGUUUCAGGACAAUGCCAGCUUCUGGUCCAAAGAGUUACCCUAGGAAGAUUGCAAUAUUUGGUGAUCUUGGCCUUACGUACAACACAACUGCCACGAUAAGUCACGUUAAGAGCAACAACCCUGACCUUGUUGUGCUGGUUGGCGAUGUGUGCUAUGCAAAUCUCUACCUUACAAACGGAACGGGCGCUGACUGCUACUCUUGCUCUUUCUCCAAUACUCCCAUCCAUGAGACUUACCAGCCUCGUUGGGAUUACUGGGGACGGUUUAUGCAGGACUUAAUUGCUAAAGUUCCAAUAAUGGUGGUGGAAGGAAACCAUGAAAUAGAGCCACAGGUUGGGGGCCAAACAUUUGUGUCCUACAGUUCGCGGUUUGCAUUCCCUUCCGAAGAGAGUGGAUCACGAUCCACCUUCUACUACUCAUUCAACGCUGGUGGAAUCCAUUUCGUCAUGCUUGGAGCAUACAUCUCCUAUGAUCAUUCAUCCGAGCAGUAUAGGUGGCUGGAGAGGGAUCUGGCCAAUGUGGACAGAUCGAUCACUCCGUGGCUGGUUGCUGUGUGGCAUCCGCCUUGGUACAAUUCAUAUAAUGCCCAUUACAGAGAGGUUGAGUGCAUGAGGGUGGAAAUGGAAGAACUUAUCUACUCAUAUGGUGUCGACAUAGUCUUCAAUGGACAUGUUCAUGCCUAUGAGAGAUCGAAUAGAGUGUACAACUACACACUGGAUCCUUGUGGCCCUGUGUAUAUCACGGUUGGUGAUGGCGGCAAUAGGGAAAAGAUGGCUGUUGAACAUGCUGAUGAACCUGGUGAGUGUCCCGAACCAUCAACUACACCUGAUGAAUACAUGGGUGGAUUCUGUGCAGCAAACUUUACAACUGGCCCAGCAGCUGGCAACUUCUGCUGGGAUCGACAGCCAGAUUUCAGCGCAUUCAGGGAGAGUAGCUUUGGCCAUGGAAUUCUCGAGGUAAAGAAUGAAACUUGGGCGCUAUGGAAAUGGCACCGAAACCAGGACGCGGUGAGCCAAGUAGGGGACCAGAUCUACAUAGUGAGGCAGCCUGAGAGGUGUCUUCGCACUGCCCCCCAAACUAGGCAAUGGAUCGCGGACCUUUAGUGCUUCUUCCAGACUGAACUGAGAGGGUUAAUAGAGGCAAGAGUUGACAUUCAGGGUCUGUUAUGGCAUGGGUAGAACAGAAUGAAUAGUUUAGACGAGGGGAAAGCACUUAAGUUAGUUCCCUUUUAAGUGGAUCCUUCCCCAUACCUAGAACUAGCUACAACUGCCUUGACUUCUUAUUAUUGUUACAAAGUGAAAGUACGAAAUGAGAUAUAUGCCAUCGACAUCUGUCAAUUUGAUUUACCAUUGUUGCUUAGGUCUUGGGCAAGGUUGUCAAACCGGUUUAAGUCAUUGAGCCGGUUAAGCAAGGGGUUUGAGGUUUAAUGGUCUGAUCGGGGUCCGGCCGGUUUGAGCCGUUUUAGAGGUUUUCUAAAUAUAUAUACAAAUAAAGUAGUAAUUAAAAAUUUAAUGAGUGAAAUAAAAUUUAUCUUACAUAUAUCUAUUAAAAACUUAUUUUCAACAAAAUAAAUCUACCUAACCUCCAUGAUCCACCUACCAUUUCCCUUCCUUCGUUCCUUUUCCUCUCUUCUGCCUCUCUUCUUCUCCCUGUUUAGGGGUCAGACCGGGGGAUUUUUUGGAGGCCGUUUUGAAGCCCGACUCGGGUUGAACCGGGUCCAACCGGGGGGGUUCGAUAGGGGUUUAACAACCUUGGUCUUGGGAUGACGCAUUUCGUCUUGGAUCAUGCAAAAAAAAAAAUCCUAAUUUAAUUAUACUUAUUAUGUUUCUUUCUAACUAAAUUCUUUCUUUUUCCACAGAAAUUAUCAUAUUAUUCAAAAUUAUACUUGUAUUAAAAAGUUCAUACUAUUCAAAAUGACAUCCAUUCUAAUAUAUUUUGGAACAAAGAAAAUUAUAUAUAUUUUGAUAUAUUUUGGAAAAAAACCAGACAUAUAUUACUAGUCUAUACUCUAUACUAUGGCUAUAAUGUUCGGUAGUACACAAGAUUAUACAAUGGUAGUAUGAGAAUGUAACAUGAUCGUAUGAAUAACCAUAUUGUAGAAUAAUUGAUUUGGUUAAUUCAUUCAUACUAUCAUCAUGGUAUACUCUCAUAAUUAUACACAUAAUUGUAUCAUGAUUCUCAUAUUUUAUUCAUUAUAUGUAGUAUGAAUUGAUGCAUUAAGUGAAGAUUUUUUUCACAUAAAAAUAAUGUUUUAUUAUAUUAGUUUAACAUUAUUAACUAAUUAACCAAAUUGAUUAAACUUUAAUUUGUUUAACUUGGUUGUUCUAUUAAUUUGGAUAGUUUGAUUAAUAUAUUGUAUUCCAUACUCAAUAGAAUUUAGCCUUAAUUAGUUUUGGUAAUGAUUACGUUAAUAACCAUUUUGAAGACUCCUAAAAAGAAAGAGAAGAGAGUGCAACUCCAUACACUGACACAUAUAGAAAGAGGAUUUUGUACACGCGCUUUAGGAAGUGUGCAGUAAAACAAAGGUUAGAUGAGAGACAAUCGUUUUUGGAUGUCACAUUUGUUAGUUUAGUUUCACUCGAUAUGCGUGCGGCCGCACAUGUUAAGUUAAAUAACUCUAGUUAUGCUUAACAUGUGUGCGGAUACAUUCUCGCUUCUCGUCACAAUAUCAGUGUAAAUACAACUAGUUAUAAUUUGAUCCAUUGGUCCGACUAUUUUAGAUUAUCAACUCGUAGAGCGAGAGUGACAGUAAGAGUGGAAGAGCAUAUAUUUUUUGAGAAUUAUGUAUUCAAAACGUUAAUAUCACAUAAUUUUAGACAAAAUAUUACAAUACGUUUUUCAAAAAAUCAAUUCAAUAUAUAAGUCCAAACUAAAAAGAAAGAUUCAAUUACACAUACGUACAAUUUGUUACAAAUUUUAUACAUAAUGAAAUUACCUAAAUUCG